GGCAAGGGUAUGCUGCAACCCCACCAGUUGUUGGCUGAGUAUGGAGCUACUUUUUCUGAAGCCGAUAAGGAAAAACUGAAGGAUGAAGCCUUUGAGGAUGUUAUCAAGGCAGCACAGGAAGCCAUUGUUAUUCCUCCAUGGGUUGCUUUGGAUAUUCGACCUAGGCCUGGAUUCUGGGAAUACGUCCGGGUCAAUAUCAGUGAGCUCGCUGUGGAGGAGUGGGCUAUUCCAGAAUAUUUGCAUUUCAAGGAGGAACUUGCUGAUGGAAGGUAGGUGAAGCUAAGACCUGUAUC